AUGGGUUUCCCAGUCGAAGCUGAAGCAUACAUCAAUUUCAUUUUCGCUCGUAUCGCUGAAUGGCGCAAAGUUGCAGAGACUUCGACAAAAGUUCAUCACCUGCCACUGAUGUUUAGCAUCGAUGGCUCAACCGAUCUCCCAGAAUUGGAACUUGAUCAUUUGUCUGGCUAUCAAGAUUCUCGACCAGUCCGCAUUGGCAAUGCCGCAACAGACCAUGUACAGCUUGACAUCUACGGUGAGUUGAUGGACUCAAUCUAUCUGUACAACAAGCAUGGCAAACCGGUUUCAUAUGCUCAAUGGCUGGAUGUUCGCUAUAUUACCGACUUUGUCUGCAAAGUGUGGGACCAACCAGACAUGUCAAUCUGGGAAGUCCGUGGGCAGAAACAAAACUUCGUCUACUCCAAAAUGAUGCUCUGGGUGGCUGUCGACCGGGCACUUCGUCUGUCCGAAAAGCGGAACUUCCCUUGUCCCAAUCGCCUCAAAUGGCUUGAGACCCGCGAUACAAUCUAUGAGCAGGUGAUGCAGCGCGGCUUCAACUAUGACUUGAAUUCCUUCGUUCAAAGCUACGAGUCAAACACAACACUCGACUCUGCUGUUCUUGUCGCACCUUUGGUUUUCUUCAUGUCCCCUAAUGAUCCUCAAUUCAUCGGUACGCUCGAUCGUAUUCUUAGAAGUCCCGAGAAAGGUGGUCUCACCUCCGCCGGAUUUGUCUUUCGAUAUGACCACGAAAAGACUGACGAUGGCGUUGGUGGUCGCGAAGGAACCUUCGUCAUGUGCACGCUCUGGCUAAUCGAAGCCUUAGUGCGGGCAGGCAAAUACAGCAAGCAAUAUCUCGCCACAGCAACCACCAUGUUUGAGACUGUCACCAACUUCCGCAAUCACUUGGGAAUGCUCUCCGAGGAAAUCUCCCUCAGCGGCUCUCAAUUAGGAAACACACCACAGGCAUUCAGCCACCUAGCUUACGUCUCUGCUGCUUUGAAUUUAGAGAGAGUUGGGAACCGUGAUUGA